UAAUUGAUGGGGUUAAGUGGGUUAUAUUUGUAUUUCUGAUGGUCAUACUGUAAAUCCGCGGUCACACUGAGCGGAAAGAAAGCGGAAAGAGAAAAAAAAGAAAAAGAAAAAAGAAAGCAGAAGAAUAGCAUUGCGAUACACUUAGAAACCAGAGGAUAUUUUGUUCCAGUCCUAAACACUUGACCAAUUAACAACCAUCUGACGGAGAACAUUUCGGCCUCUCCUCCAAAUUAAAGCUCCUGCGUACAUUGGAGCUGUGAUCGCGCGACCCGCAAACUCCCACCAACUUAAGCUUCUUCAUGAUGUCGUCGGAUCAACAGUUCUUUCUUAAAUGGAACGAUUUUCAGACGAAUAUGGUGACCUCGUUCCGUCACUUGCGUGAUGAGAAGAGUUUCACAGAUGUAACACUCGCUUGCGAGGGCCAGACUUGCAAAGCACACAAAAUGGUGCUUUCCGCUUGCAGUCCCUACUUUAAGGCGCUUUUAGAGGAGAACCCUUCAAAGCACCCGAUUAUUAUACUUAAAGAUGUCUCGUACAUACACCUACAGGCUAUACUGGAGUUCAUGUACGCCGGAGAGGUGAAUGUGUCCCAAGAGCAGCUGCCAGCAUUUCUUAAGACAGCCGAUCGCCUCAAAGUAAAAGGCCUGGCAGAGACACCCAGUUCAAUAAAGCGGGAGGGUUGAUGGUAUUAAACAAUUAAAAAACAAACAAAAUAACAAAAAGAAAACUAAGAAACCUAUAUAUAUAUAUGCAAGAAAACAAAAUUCCAACAAAAGAAGAAAGAAAAAACUUACGAAAACGACAUUUGGUAUACAAAAAUCAUUUAACUUUAUAAAAUAAACAGCAAAAGAAACCCACACAAAACUGACAGAUACAAACGCUUAGUCUGUAAAGUAAUAUCGGUAGUAACCAAAAGAAUAUGGUUCCACCUGCCCAAGCCCACUUAUUCAUACCGGAUCUACCUAUCCAUUUGCAAACCUCUAUCGAUCGGCUCAUUUGAACUGUGUGUUUGUUUCAUUUCUGCAUAAAAUAGUUUGUAAAAUAUUAUAUUAAAAACCAGAAAACAAAGCAACAACCCCCACUCUGUAUAAAAGGAAAGAUAUGGACAGGACAACCCCUAACAAAACAAAA